CCAAAAAGAAUAGCUUCAAGGCUUACCAAUAUUCAGGAAAAACAAUUUUUGUCAUUUUUUCAAGAUAAAGAUAAUAUUGUAAUGAGUUUAUACCAUACAGAUUCAAAAGGAUCACUAAUCCUAUAUUUGCGUAAUCAAAAAAAUGAAAUGUGGAAAAAUUCUAUAAAACUUAUCCAGAUG